CAGCUGCGCAGCCGCGUGCUCCUGUCUCCCCUCCCGGCGGCUGCCGUUUCCGUUUGCCUCGCCGGAGCGGACCACCAACGAGCCGAUGGGGAAGGGCGACGACGCGUUGGCGCGGAAGCGCAACAAGGUGCACCGGAAGCGCCUGCGCAGCAGCGACAACGCCGUCUCGGAGCGGGUCGCGGCAAUCAUCGCGUCCAAGCGCCGCCGCAAGUCGGGAAAGCGCCGCGCCUGCGAGGGCAUGUGCUUCUCCCUCCCCACCCCCGACGAUCCCUUCAACGAUCGCCACUUGAAGAAGCGCAAGAUCGAUGAGCCGACCGAGGAAACCGCUAACGCCGCAGCCAAGGACGGCAACCCCAAGAAGAAGGACAGGAACACAAAGAAGCAGCAGCCGGCAAAGGCCGGGGCCAAGGCCAAAUCCAAGGCUGUACCCCGUGAGCUGGAGAUGGAGAGGGAAGACGGCCGCGUGGAGUGCGACCGGCCGUCCAAGUUCUUGGUGGUCUGCCUCAACGCCAUCCGCGACGCGGUGGCGCCCGAGGACGGCGCCGGCAGAAUCCACGGCGCCGGCGACUGGGGCGUUGAGCUCUGGAGGUGCUGCUCCGCCGCGGCGCCGUGCGACGUGCUCGACACCAGCGGCGCGUGCGCCACGCUGGAGCAGACAGCGUGGCUCGUCUCCACGGCCUGCGACAUCGUCGCUAGGAAGGAGAGGCUUGGGAUGUUCGUCUCUUGCCCCUUCCUGCUGUAUCUUGUCCCGUCCCAGGAAAAAGCCGUACAAGUGCGUUCGAUAUGCAAACCCCUGAAGUCUCUUGGAAUUCAUUCGGUGAGCUUGCAUCCAGGCACUUCCAUUGAACACCAGAUGUUAGGACUAAAAAGUUGUGAGCCAGAGUUUCUUAUAUCUACCCCUGAGAGGCUUCUUGAACUAAUUUCGCUAAAGGCGAUUGACAUAUCAAAUGUAUCAAUGCUGGUUGUUGACGGACUGAAAUCUUUCGUGGACUUUAAUGUCAGUAACAAACUUUAUUCUAUUAGAGAUGCCAUAUUAAGCAAUCCUCAGAUAACUAUCUUCAGCGAUCCAUAUGACAAAGAUGUUGCUAUGAUAGCAAGGAAUCUCUUCCAAGGAAGAAUUGCAAGGCUCUCUAUCAAUGACUCCAUUACCUCCCGAAGUGCAUUCAUAGCCCAGUAUGUGCACUUCUGUCCAUCGGAGGAGCAGAAAACAUUAAAGGUCAAGGAAAUUCUUGAGCAGAUUUUAAAAAGUCACGCUAAAAAGACAUCAAAGGUUCUGCUAGUAGCUGCAACCGAUAAAAAAGCGCAGCACCUAUCAUCAUCACUUAAACUGGAAAAUUGCACAGUGACUGAUGACUCACACCGCAUCUCUUUUACCAUAUGCAGCAGUCUGGGGCUGAUGGACGUCCUUGUGAAAGACCGGGAGAACAUCGUGAUGACAGAUGUUGAGGAAUUUGAGCUGUUGUUGGUCGUGGAUUUGCCUCCCUCAGUCGAUGAAUAUGUUGAGAUCCUCACGGGGAUAGCUCGGCACGCCGUUGCAGGGGAGGUGCAUAGUAUAUUUUGUAACGCUGAUGCCCCUAUUGCGAAACCUUUGGCUGAGGUUCUUUCAAAGUGCUGCCAGGUGGUUCCCGAGUUCCUCAAAAAUUUGGAGCCCUAGUAGCAGGAUUGGUUUCCUAUCAGAGCGAGUCAAAUCAUGGUUACUUGGAUUAGUCACACGGCCAUUCAUGAUCCAUGCAUGGCACUUGUUGUCCCCAAGCAAUUUUGAUGUUUUUGUGUUCCCUCUACAUGUAAUUCUCAUUGGUCAGCAGAACUGUGAUAUUCGUGCUUCGGCCUUGAUGUACUACUAGCUCUUAUCGUGAAAUGUUAAUGCCUUGAA